AUGGUUAUCGUCGGACAGACUCUCAAACUUUUCUAUAGGCAUUCUGCAAGACUUGCAGUUGCGCGACGCCACAACAAGCUCAGAGUCUGUAUCACGAGCGAGAUAAGGAUGGCUGAACGACGUUGUCGUGAUCUCUUCAUGAGCUCAGUGUCGUCUACACCAAUGACGGCCCAGGUGUAUCGAUCUCUGAUGUACACCUUCGGCCAACCAUGGCCCACAGCGGAUACUUUGAUGAAGAAUCGCUUCCAUUGGACUCGACCCUUUAGAAGACAGGUCUACUACCACAUCUCCAUCCUUCGCUUUCUCCAUGGGUUGCCACUACAUUUUGAGACACAGCUCUCUCUGACCAAGGUCACGAAGAGUGACCAGUAUCCUCUGGCGUAUCCGGUAUCAAGAUUCACGCUGCUCAGAAUGCCUUCUGCGCUGUGA